GGAGGAGGCGCAUGCGCAGAAGGAAGGCUCGAAGGCGAAGGCGACCCUGCUCGGGAGAGGAGAAGCUGAGGGAGGAAAAGCGGGGCGCCGCCGUCGAGGUCCUGGCCCUGGAGGCGUCAGGGGAGUGGGAUGCGGGCCCGGCGCCCAUGAGGUGAAGGCACAAGAAAAGAAAACUCAUAGCUGUUCAAACUUUAGAAUGGACAGUUACUUCAAAGCUGCAGUCUCUGAUUUAGACAAGCUACUUGAUGAAUUUGAACAAAAUACAGAUGAACUUGAAAACAGCAAAAAUGCAAAUCCACAUGAUUCUACUAAGCACCAUUCACUUUCUUCAGAAUUAGAUUACCAAAAGCCAAAAGUUUUGGAACCAAAAGUGCAAGAUAAUGUUAGCUGUCCUACAUCCGUUGAAUCCCCAUUGUCUACCCAGACUGCAAAUGUAGCAAACUUUGAGCAACUGAACUCUGAACAGAAUGAGAAAAAUGUCACAGGGUUAGAUCUUCUUUCUAUGGUGGAUGGAGGUUCUUCAGAUAAAAAUCAGUCUUCUUGCCUGGGACGAUACAGUAUACCUGUUUGUGAUCUCAUCAGUGACACAGGUAAUUUGAGCCAUGCAAAAAACAGUUCGGAAUGCAUUCAAAAGUUGCAGCCAGAUGACCCCCAAGGUAAUCUUUCUCUUAUUGGCUUUGAUUUAGCAUCAAUACCUGCCACGGCUACAAAUAUGUCGGCUCACUGCAGUUCCGAUACUGAUGUGCAACAACAGAUUGAUGGGGAUACAGCACUAUACAAUGUAGAAUAUAAUACUUCUAAAAAGCAAGAUGAACUGGUAGUAACUACAAACAAACCUUCUCAACCACGCGUGGCAGAUUCUGGUGAGAUUCAAGAAAAGACAGAACCUUUGAAUAACAAUGAGGUAUUGAAACAGAUUGAACAGGUUAUAGACCCAGCUUUAAUAACUCAAGUAUCAUCAACUGUACAUAGUUCCAAAGACAAAGCAACAUGUGAAAAACUGCCUUGUGAGCCAUUAGAGGAUAAAAAUAGUGCAAUGAAUCAAAUGACACAAAAAGAAAAUGACAUGGUUGUUAGUUCAGAAGAGGACAUGGUUGAAUCUUUAAUUUCUAUCUUGCCAAAGAUGUAUCAGUCAAAUGAAAAUAGUUCAACAUUACCUAAAGAAGACAAUUUACAUGAUUCUUUACUUCAAACUGAGAAUGUGCCAGGGCUAAAUCAAACACAUAGUACCCCGGAAAAUUUUUGCAGUCUAGAACAGAAUGCCAGUAUAGGUCUGAACAUAGUUUCAUCACCAGAGAGCUCUGAAGACAUACAGACUUCACUAUCCUGUCUUCCACUUGCUGUUUCUAUAUGUGGGUCAUUAGUUAAGACUGAUGACACUGAGGGAAGGACUGCUGAAGAUGAAGUGACACCACAUAUAGUUAAUAACAUAACUGUACAAACAGAAAGCCAUAAAAAUGGUCUUUCUAAAGGAGAAUUGUCUGAAAGAACAGAACCAUCAGAACAGGAUGAGAAUCAAAACAAAAUGAGCCAAUUCUGCCCAGGAAUACAUUCUUUUACAGAAAAGGAAAAGGAGGGUUUUCAUAACAAUAUUAAUGAAUGUCAGCCUUUCCAGCACCAAAACCCUGUUGCCAGUUCCAGUUCUUCAUUUGCAAAUACUGGAGCAUGCAGCAAUGUUCUGCCCACUGACAUUGGAAUAAGAGGUUUAGUUGAUCUAGCAUUAGAAGAGGACAUUAUCGGAGGUGAUAUGUUAGUUAGUGAUGCUGAGCUUGAUGCCUUCUUGUCUGAGCAUUGUCGUGAAACAGAGCAUUCAAAACCUCUUAAAGAGGAUACUGAUGAUGGAUUAUUGCAAUCUGAUGUUAUUAAUGGCAAUUUAAUUGAUUUGGACAAACUUAACCGAGGCAGUAAUAAUUUGGAAUCAGAAAUGGAGUUUAAGAAAAUAGAACCUUCUAUUGGUAACAGCUACAUAUUAUCCAAUCCUGAAGGUAGAUUAGAUAAUCUGUCAGAAGAAAGUCCACAGUGGAAAAAUUUGAAGAGUGGAAAAAAGGACACAGUGGAAAAAUCCGAAGAGACUACAUACCAUGUAAAUGAAACUAGAAGUGAAGUUUCAGAUCUUAUAAACAGUGAACAGAUAGCACACAGUGGAGGUGCAAGGCCAAAGCAAUUGUUAAAUGUUUCACCAAAAGCCAACACUUGUUCUGAAUUUAGUAGUCCAAAUACGCUUGGGAAUGAAUCCCAGGUGUUAAAUUCCACAGUUCCAAAUGCAUCUUUCUCAGAUGGUAAAAUUUGUCUUGAUUCAAGCUCUAGUUAUAAUAAUGCUGAUACACAAUCAAAGGAAAACAACGGAAGUAGUAUAUUACCUGUGAUCUCAGAAUCUGCUACAGUAGUAGAACGAGCUACAGUCCUUGGACAGAAGCAGCCACCCUGGAUCCCUGAUUCAGAAGCACCAAAUUGCAUGAAUUGUCAAGCCAAAUUCACAUUUACAAGAAGAAGGCACCAUUGUCGUGCUUGUGGAAAAGUUUUUUGCACUUCAUGUUGUAAUCGAAAAUGCAAACUACAGUAUUUGGAUAAAGAAGCAAGAGUCUGUAUAAGCUGUCAUGAAUCCAUUAACAAAGCACAGGCAUUGGAGAGAAUGAUGAGCCCAACUAGUCCUGUGGCUAAUUCUGCUAUCUCUGAAUAUUCGAGUGAACCACCUUUGCAGGCAGCACACACAUCUGGGGUCUGUCCCAAAGAGCAAAGAAGAGUUUGGUUUGCAGAUGGCAUUUUGCCUAAUGGAGAAGUUGCAGAUACAACAAAAUUGUCAUCUGGAGUCAGAAAAUCCCCACAGGAACCAUAUCCUGUUGAAAGUCCAACAAAAGACACACUAUGUGCAUCUGAAAAAAUACCGAAAGAUGAAACAUGUAUUGCUGGACGAACUGAGAUCUUGUGUUGUCCCACUUCUGUUCUUCCAGAAGAAGACACAUUGUCCACUAAGAAACAACCAGAACUGUCACAUGAUUCUGACAGUGUGGUUACAGCUGUUACUGAACUCCCUACUGUUGUCGAAUCAGCAAUGCAUCCUGUUCCUGGCACCGUUAAUGAAGCUAAUGACACACCUGUCAGUCCAUUAGAUUAUCGGAUGCUUUGUGGUAUUGAAAACAGUGUUAGCAAAGAAAUCAGCCUGAUUCCUGAGGGUAAUGGAUUGCCACCUUUACUGCUUACUAGAGGAGAAAAAGGCAAAAGUUCUUUAGUGGAAGAAUAUCCUUCUCAAGAACAAGUUACUUCACUCCUUGAAGCAUCUAAUCCAGUAACAUUCAUCCUAAAUGCAAACUUUCUUGUGAAUGUCAAGAUACUAUCUUAUUGUUCAGAAAGAUGCUGGUACUUCUCAACCAAUGGACUACAUGGCUUAGGACAGGCAGAAAUUAUUAUGCUACUGGUUUGUUUGCCAAAUGAAGAUGAUGUUCCUAAAGAAAUCUUCAAAUUAUUUAUCAAAAUAUAUAAGGAUGCCAUGAAAGGAAAAUUCAUAGGAAAUUUGGAAAACAUUACAUUCACUGAAGAUUUUCUUGGAAACAAGGAACAUGGUGGAAUUCUAUUUGUAACGCCAACAUUUCAGAAAAUGGAUGAUCUCGUAUUACCAAAAAAUCCUUUUUUAUGUGGCAUUCUUAUUCUGAAACAGGAGGUACCUUGGGCAAAGGUUUUUCCAAUUCGCUUGAUGUUGAGAUUGGGAGCAGAAUAUGGGGACUACCCAACUCCUUUAACAAGUAUAAGACAUAGGAAACCUUUGUUUGGAGAAAUAGGACAUACGCUCAUGAAUUUACUUGUUGAUCUUAGAAAUUAUCAAUAUACAUUGCUUACAAUAGAUAAUUUGGUUAUCCAUAUGGAAAUGGGAAGAAGCUGUAUUAAAAUACCUCUUCAAAGACAUAAUGAGGUGAUCAAGGUGAUGAAUACUUCCAAUGAGCAUGUCAUUAGCAUUGGAGCAAGUUUCAGUUCUGAGGCAGAUUCACACUUAGUUUGUGUACAGAAUGACGAAGGAGUCUAUCAGACACAAGCAAACAGUGCUACUGGACAGCCUAGGAAAAUUACAGGUGCAAGCUUUGUUGUCUUCAAUGGAUCCCUAAAAACGUCUGCAGGAUUCCUUGCUAAAUCUAGUAUUGUUGAAGAUGGAAUAAUGGUACAGAUUACACCUGAGACAAUGAACGGCUUACGUCAAGCUUUAAGGGAGAAAAAGGACUUCAGGAUUACAUGUGGCAAAGUGGAUUCAGGAGAUUUGAGAGAAUAUGUAGACAUUUGUUGGGUAGAAGAUGAAAGAAAAAUAAAUAUGAGUGUUACAAGCCCAAUAGAUGGGAAAUCAAUGGAAGGAGUUCAAAGUGAAAAAAUUGUUCAAGAAGAAUGUUUUGAAAUGGAUGGAAAACUUGUCAAGUGCACAGAGGUGUUCUAUCUCUUGAAGGCCAGUGAGUCAUACAAUCAUGCUCAUCAGUUUGCUAAAGAAAUUGCAUUGGCUUCUUGUACAGCCCUUCGUCAACAUCUCAAAACACUAAAAAGUAACGGAAUGAACAAGAUCGGUCUUCGAGUCUCCAUGGAUACUGACAUGGUGGAAUAUCAAGCUGGAUCUGGAGGACAUCUUCUUCCUCAGCAUUACCUAAAUGAUCUAGAUAGCGCUUUGAUUCCUGUGAUUCAUGGUGGGACAUCAAAUACUACAAAUCUUCCACUGGAAAUUGAAUUAAUAUUUUUCAUUACGGAAUCGCUAUUAAUGUAACUGAUGUGUAUUUUAUUGACUGAACUGCUAGCACUGACCAGUACCAAAGGAGUUAUAUUACACCAUGGAUGGAAUGUUCAGGAUUAUUAUUUUUUGAAAAGCCAAUGUUUUAGUAAUGUAUCCUUAGGAGGAUUUUGCCUUUUAAAAAGUGAGUGUAUUUCUUUAUAACCUCAACUUGAAAGCUCCAUUUUUAAACUUGGGUUUAAUAAUGUUCUGAAACUUUACACUUAAUACUGUCACUAGAAAGUGAAGGAUGGACUAAAACUAGCGUAAGUUUUUGAAAUGCUGAAGUUAGCCAUCAUUCUUUUGCAAAUAAAUGCUUUAGCCGUUAUUUUUACUUAGAUGCUGCUUUAAUUAAUUAUUCUAAACUGAUAUUGAGUUUUUUAAAAAUAUAUAAGCAUGUUUAAGCAGAACAGAGUUGAAACUUGAGGGUCAGAUAUACAAGCUGCUGAUUUACGAAAGCAUCAACGUAUUAAAAAUGUCUGAAAGAUGUUCGUACAAACUAAUUACCAGUGUGAGGAAGCAUACAUAUCUCUGCCAAGUGUGAUCAUUUUGUAAGACACUAAUUUUUAAAACUGGUAUGUUUCAAAUGUAUAACGAUGCUUCCAAAAUUUAACAGCGCUACUGAACUACCUUUUGAAUUACUGACUUUGUUAUACAUUUAUAUGGAUUUAUUGAACAUAAAAUGAUCUUUAUAUUAAAUACUUAAUCUUUCUUUUUUUGUCAGCUGUAUAGUUGUUUCUUGGAUUCCCAAGAAUGAGUAAGAAGCCAGAUGACCCUUAAAGUAGUCAUCUUGUAGCAGUAAACCAGGCUACGAAGCCUGCAUGUGCUUCCUUCUCUGAUUUUGAGACGUCUUGGUAUCCCUGUUUACUUUCAGGGAGAACAGUGUAUUAAGUGUGAAUUUUCAUGAACAGUUUGCUGUAACAUACUUGAGCUUUAUACAGUUCUUAUUUUUAUAAUGGGAUAUUUUCAGUAAAUAAGCAUUUACCUAUGGCAAUGAUUAAGAUUAGUAGUCUAAAUCAAGUUUGAUAAUACCUGCAUAAUGUUCCUGUUUGUUAUCAACAGAAGGAAAUUGUGUGUAUGUCUGUUUGUCUUUGAUUUAUGUUUGAUUAAAAUAUUGUUAAGACUGCAAA